AUGACUGUUUUGCCCCUUUCUAUUCUCGCCCUCAUUGGGAGCACUUAUGGCCUCUCUAUUCCAUUUGAGCGUCGCUCCGUCGGCGCCCGCUCGACUACUGUGUCUGUGAAUCAGAACUCUAACGGAAAUAUAGGAUUCUCUAACGGUGCAGGAUUCGUUUACACUGCCACCAUCUAUGUGCAAGGACAGCCCUUCCAGGUCCAAAUCGAUUCUGGCAGUUCAGAUCUUUGGUUGGACACAUCCAAUGUCACCCUCGACGACCUUCAGGAUACAGGAGUAACUGGUUCCAUUGGCUACGUAGAUGGCUCGUCUGCAACUGGUCCGAUUGUCCUAGGCAACGUCAGUUUCGGCGAGUUCACCGUUAGUGGCCAGGCUUUCAUCAACGCUCCCGGCAGCAAUGCAACCUCUGCUGGCUUUGACCGCGGCUUGCUGGGUGUUGGCCCUCCAUUCGCAUCCUCUGUCUUCAAUGAGCUGAUCAACACGACAUAUGAUGGAUUGCCUUUCCUGGUCAAUGUGUUCGCCCAAGAACCGGACGAGCCGAACUUCAUGACCUUCUACCUCUCUCGCUCAGACGCUGGGAUCACCCAGGGCGGUGUGAUGUCGAUUGGUGAAUUGAUUUCGGACUACGUGGCUGUCCUCGACCAGCCAAAACUUCCUGUGGUAUCCGCACAAUCCUGGGAGGCCUUCAUGGACGGUAUCAACGUCAACGGUCAAUUCUUCACGGGUCACUCCGAAGGCGCCAUCGGUGUCACUGCAGAGCCCGGCAAGGAUCAGACUACGAUUAUCCUUGACACCGGUACUUCUUUCGCGACUGCGCCUCGGUACUAUGUCGACGCUAUGUACAAGGAUGUCCCUGGCGCGGAGUUCAACGAGUCGAUCGGGUCCUACACCCUCCCUUGUGAUACGAAGCUCAAUGUCAGCAUGGUCUUUGGUUCGAGCGAAUUCCCUUUGGACCCUAUCGAUGUCACGAACAUCCAGGUCAAUCCCGAUGGCAGCUUCUUCUGCACCGGCACGUACUCCCCUACUCCUGAUAACGCUGGAGUUGACUUCAUCCUCGGUGAUUCAUUCAUGCGCAACGUCUACUCGCUUUUCAGCUACGGCAGCAACUUCACCGGCAAUGGGGACGAAGCUCCGUACAUGCAGAUCCUUAGCAUCACGGAUCCCGACGAGGCGUGGGCCAACUUUGACUACGCCAAUGCGCAGCGCCUCAUUCAGUCCGAGUACGAAGAGUUCGCAGAGAUCUAUAACAUCACUGCAUCCUCGGAAGCCGCGCCGCAGACGACCACGUUCUCGCUCGUCGCACCCACCUCAGGUUGGAAAACCGCUUCCGCCUCCGUGAAGACGUACGUCCACAGUUCCAGCAGCUCUGCCGCCACUGCUACGUCCACUGCGUCCUCGAGCUCCUCGGACUCCAGCGACGACAAGCUCGGCAGUGACCUCGCCGCCAACCUUGAUACUUCGUCACCCGGCUCCGUGUCUAGCUCAGACGACUGGAGCCAGCUGCUGCGCAACUCGUACAUUGUCAUCGGCCUUCUGGGCGGCGCCAUCCUCCUGCUCCUCGGCGUGCUCAUCAGGCUCCUCGUCAGCAGCCGGAACAACAAGUAUGGUCGUGUGGGCACCUCGGUCCCGCCAGCGGCGUUCCAGCGGCUGUAUGAGCCAGAAAAGGAGGAGGCGUUCACGACGCCGUAUGACGAUCUCUCGCGUCCUGCGGGCUCGCAUUGA